AUGUCCAAACAAUCUAAGCGUGGAAUCAAAGGCCAAGAUGCCUCUGAGGGAACCUCUUUUCUGAGUACUACUCCUAUCACCGGCAGUGCCAAUGCUAAUGCUACCUCUGAAGCUACCCCCUCUGUUUCAAUGACUGAAGAUCUGCUAAAGAGUAUUUCAGCGGCAGUGGCAGAAGAGGGAAAACGCAUCCUAUUGUCCGUGAAUGAAUCCUUUGGGAAACUCGAGGCCAAGGUGGAUAACAUGAUGAAGCGUAUCGACGAUGUCGCUGUAACCACCGCGGCACUUGCUACGAGACAAGCGGAGGCUGAAACGCGUAUUUCACACUUGGAGGAUGGCAUAGCUCCGAUUAAAAAGCAUCUAGAUUCACUGUUGAUCGCUAAUAAAGAGCUGAGAGACAAAGUAAUUGAACUGGAAUGUCGUCAAAGGCGCAAAAACAUUCGGAUACUAAAUUUGAAAGAGUCCACUGAGGGAAAUGACCUGACUGUGUUUUUUGAGGCGUUCAUUCCUAAACUACUGCAGCUACCUGUUACAACUAUACCCAUUGACCGUGCCCAUCGGGGCUUUGGAAUACCUGAGGACGGACGCCCGCGCACUGUGGUCUUGAAACUUCAACGCUCCAGAGAUGUGGCAAUGGUAAUGUCAGCGGUGAAGCGCCAGGGGAAUCCCCAGCAUGAGGGCCGUACUUUGCGGCUCGUACCAGACACUCCACCUGAAGUCCGGGCUGCUAGACGGGCAUUCAACACGGUCUGUGCGGAGCUUAUUAAACGGGACAUCAGGUUUAGAAUGGCCUAUCCAGCAAUCCUGUCCUUCAAGGCUAACGGCGGGCAAAAGUCUUUCAAAGAUCCCAACAAGGCUGAAGCAUUCCUCUCAUCCCUCACGUGA